AUGACGACGAAACUGCGAGGUGGACGCCUCGAAGCGGAAGUCGAUCGUGCUAGAACUGAGGGAAAUUGGAAGAGGUUAUCUGAACUCCUUCCCUCUGUUCGCUCAAAGCAAUCUGGGAUGGAUGAAGCUGGGGAAUUAUUGGAAGCCGAAAUAGUAUUGGAGACGUUCCUAGAACAGCAAGGAGAGGUUUUGAGGCCAAGGAAGGAUCACGCUGAUGUUUUAAAGCACGCGGAAACACUGUUGUUGAAAUGUAACCAAGACAAGACAUCUCCUGUUGGUUUAGAAGCUAAGUUAUUACUUGCAAAAUUGUACUAUGCGAGUGCUAAUUAUGAUAAGUCAUUACGCUUAAUUGAACAAUCUGGAAUGGAUUCUGGAAGCACGCCUUUUCGCACUCUACGUGUUUUGCGCUUGAUUGCUGAAGCUUAUGCAAUAAAAGCACUAUGUCUGGAAAUCGUGGAAGCUGAUGACAAAAUCUCUAGAGGAAACAAAUCUUAUUUUUGUUUUGAAAAAGCCGCCGAACUUACCAUCUCUUAUGUUUCUGAAUUAGAAAAAAGCAUUGGGAGCAAUAGUAGCAAGAAUAUUAAUCCUCUGACCAGCUCAUCAAGUUCUGUCCGUUCACAAAAACAGGAGAGAAUCGGAGAUUUGUUGGAAUGUUGCUUAGAAAGAGUUGCUCAGUUGAGAGUGAAAGACUCAUCAGCUGAUAAAAUAAAUGAUCCUGACGGAAUCGAAUGGUAUCGGCGAAUCAUAACAUGUUUGGGUGAUAAGUCUACUGGCGAACGUUUACAACAAAAGUUGUCUCGCCAAUUAGCAGAACUUCUGUUUCGUGUUGUUCCUGCUGAUUGCAAUGAUUCCAGCCAGGUUCUAAGUACAAAGGCUAAAAAUUUGAACUUCUAUGCAGGUUCUCAACGUGCUUACUUUUCACCAGCUUCGCGUACGGAGGAAAUCAUUUUACUUCUUCUAAUCAGUGAGGUUCUGGCCACUAGAGAGGUAGUUCUUAGCCGAAGCGACGAUUUAGCAGCUUCAAGACUUCAAUCUGUGAGGAAUGCAAAAUCAGUUUACAAUUUGUUGACUUUGGUUCUAUCCACGAUUCGGCAAUACCACUUGAUGUCCGUCAUUUUCGAGAGAGCCAUGAAGUUUGCUAAUGAAGAUUCGUAUAUUUGGCAACAAUUUGGUCUUUCUCUGCUUUGCAAAGGAAGAUGGUUGAGGGCCGCUAAUGUUUUGGAUCAGAGUAUCCAAGUAGAUAGCUCAGAAGCACCUUUACAACAUCUACUAGCUUCUCAAUUAUAUAUUCAUCAAUUGGGUCAAUUCGAUAUUGCUUAUCAACACGCUCAAAAGGCCCGAGACUUGUGUUCUAAUGCUCAUUUCGCUUAUCUAAGACCGAGAUGCCUUCUAAUGGCCGCCCUGGCUCAGAGCCUCAAAGCUCAGAACGAAGUUUGCUGGGAAGACAAACGAAAAGGGUUGUUGAAAGCUGUAACCAUGUUCGAAGAAUGCGUCAAUGAGGAUCCUCAUGACUAUCUAAGUCUUUAUUAUUGCGCCCUGUACCAUGCAAUCGUACGCGAUCUAGAUGGCGCUCGUGAUCGUUGUGCUCGUUCUCUUGAACGUAACCCUGACCAACCGUCAGCAAUAAUGCUCCUCGCUCUCAUUUUCACUGCUGCUGGAGACUUGAAGGGAGCCUUAGAGUUGGUGGCUAAUGCCCUAAAAGAUUUCCCGAGUCACUAUGGUCUACUAGUGCUCCGUUUACACAUUGAGAUCAAGUUUGGGAGAGUGGAUGAAUCUUUGGAAACAUGCACCGCGUUAUUAGAGUUCUGGAAGAAAAAAGAAUCAUCUUUUUAUGAUGAAGAUAAAGUCCAAACAACUUUGAAUGCAACUGAGGCUGCCAAUCUAAUUGGCACUAAAGCGGCAACUCCAGUCGGAGGAAAAGAGCCUAGUGUUGCUGGUUCUCACCACCCUACUUCAAUCAGCUUACCGUAUACAGCCAGCGUGUUAGGUACUGCUAGUAGCCAAGUUGGACUUGACAUUUCCGCGGAUAGCGGAGUAGCUCAAUCAGAAGUUGGCGGCCAAUCCAGUAAUAGCGAUUCGGUCAUAGGAGGUUUAGGUAAUGGUUUCACAUGGUCUAGAUUCAGAGCUCAGGCAAAUAUGUGGAUGGCGUUAGCAGAGCUGUUUCUUUCUCAGAAUAGAGUCUCGGAUGUUGGGCCAUGCGUCGAACAAGCUGUUGCUUUGUUCCCACAUUCCUACCAAGUUUUGUAUUUGAAAGGUAGACUUUUCUCGGUUCGUGCAGACAACAGUGAUGAUGAACAUAUAGCAUCUCGAUUACGAGCAGAAGCAAAAGCAGCCUAUUUGUCAGCACUUGCAUUGUCACCAUCUCAUGGUUCCAGCCUACAACAUCUAGCAGUUUUGUAUGAGAGAGAAGAUAAUCAUAAAAUGGCUGAACAAUUGUACAGAGAAUUGGUUCGAGUAGAUCCAAUGAACUGCGAUGGUUGGCAACAACUAGGUUGUUGUCAGAUGAGACGAGGGUUGAUGAAAGAAGCUUCUGAGUCGUUAGCUACAGCUGCAAACCUGGAUCGAUCCACUCCACUUUUACCAUUUUCGGCCAUACCAAUUGUAUUUCCUUCAGGGUUUUGA